ACACCCCCCCCGCCUUCCCGCCGCGCUUAGGCGCAUGCGCAGUGCCGCCGCUGCGCAUCGGGAAGAUGGCGGCCGCCGCGCUAGGCUGGGCGCUGUGGGCAGCUCGGCAGGUUAUCCCCUCACGCUGCACGGGGCAGGUGCGGAGCUACUAUGUGGACUGGAGGAUGCUGCGGGAUGUCAAGAGAAGGAAGCUGGCGUACGAGUAUGCGGACGAGAGGCUGCGGAUCAACGCCAUCCGGAAGAACACCAUCCUUCCCAAGGAGCUGCAGGAAGUGGCUGAUAAAGAGAUUGCUGACUUGCCCCGGGACAGCUGCCCUACAAGGAUCCGAAAUAGGUGUGUCCUGACAUCCCGUCCUCGAGGGGUGAGGCGGCGUUGGAGGCUCAGCAGAAUCGUUUUCCGCCAUUUUGCUGACCAUGCUCAGAUGUCUGGGAUACAGAGGGCUAUGUGGUAGAUCACUGCAUGGAUAUAUAUUCAAGCAGAAAACACAAAAUGGGCUGUUUGUGUGUUUGAGUAAUUAAAGCAUGACUGUCCUGAUUAGGAGUCCAGCAUCAAUAUCAGACUAAUAAGUGGAGGUUGAGAAGCCAUGCUGAUUCAUUAAAUUCUCCUGCUGGAUGGCGAUGGGUAUUGGGUGACAAGAAGCAGCGUAACUGCACUGAAGCGGUCUGUUUCAGGGGCAGUUUUAUUUUGAGGAAAAGUUGUCACUACCCGAUAGUUGCAGAAUUAAGCUGAGGUUUGUGAUACAGGCAACAUUAGAAAUAAAGACAUAGAGCACA